AUAGUUUCAUUGCAGUUGAUUAACUUAUCUUGAAUUUGACGCUUCUGUGUGUGACUUGUUAUUGGAUAACGCGGUUCCCUCCAUUUUUGUUUCAAUAAUGAAAUCUCUUGUCAUCAUAUUUUCCAUUUUACUUUGUUCACUUGCUGUAAAUGCUGCCAAACAAAAAUUAACAAAACAGAAUAACGAAGAGCUCUCCAGUUCAAAUGUAACUUCAUCUUGUGCAACUAUUUCCAAUCAAAUCUCACCUCUCAUUGAACCAGCCUUGCUUGUUGGAAGUGAUAGCUGGCCAACAACUGUGGAAGAAAUCAAUAAACAUUGCGAACUUGGAGCAAAGGUUCACAAAGGCUUCAAACGCUAUGGUAAAUGUUUUACCGGGAUAGGUCGUCAGGCCUUCAAUAUCUUCAACCGUGGACUCAAAAAGUACAUGCAAAAUAUAUGUUCAUCUGAAAAAAAGAAACAAGAUACUGCUGAGAUAUUGAAAUGUGCUUCUAAUGAAACAAUUGGAGGUUGGAGUAAAUGUUUGAAUAAAGCAAACCAACGACUCGAUAUUACUGCUACCAAUGCCAGUGAUCCAAACAUGGUUGGUAAUAUCUGCUGCACUUAUUCAGCUGUACUCGAUUGUGUUGCUCUAAAUACUGGUUCAUCACCUGAAUGUGGAAAAACUAGGGAUCCAUCCAAGUUCUUACAAUCAUCCAUUUCAUUUGUUUUAAAAGAUUUAAUUGAAUUGUUAUGUGCCAACUACGAAACCAAAGAGGCUUGUGUUACUAAUGCUGCUAAUCAAGCUAAUAUUGCUGAUGAUAGUCACCAAGUGAACGGAACUUUCAUACUGUCACCUUUGAUUAAAGCUGCUAAUCUAUUAGGAGAAGUGCACGCUGAUAGCAUUUAGCUACUAAUCAUCAACUUUAUAUACUUUACAUUAAAAUUCGUUCAUUGUUGCGAUUCUAAACUGUGUACAAUUGAAUUUAUGUUUUAAAUUUGUGAUAUUUCAUUUAUAAAAGUUUUUUUUU